UGCGCAAUCUGGCAACACUGAUCAGCACCUCACUGCAACUGAACAGCGACCAUAUAAGCACAUGUCUGUUAUAAGAUGCUCUGCUGUUUUCCAUUGGAGGAAUAUAUUUAAAAAUCCCUGCGCUAUAUAAUGUUGCUGGGCGAUUGCAUUCGCUGUGUUUUUUAUCAUUAUUAUUAUUAUCAUUAUCUUUGUGUUCUCCAAAGAUUUGCACAGGGUGUCUUCGCUAUGGAUGUAAGGGAUGGAAACACACAAAGGAAAAAAACAAAAUCAGUCCAGUGAUGCCCAUGACAGGCACUGCAUUUGUAAAGGUGACCCAAGUUUGCAUUGUAGCCUAAAUCAGAUGCACUGAAUCCUGCCUUGGUUGGAUCCGUCUGUGUGUCGCUUCUCCCUUUUCAAACGGAUCCGCAUCAACGAAAUGUUGGGUAGGUCGUUCACCUGGAGGAAAAAUAACAAACAUACACUCUCUAUGCAGCACCGGCUCCCUCUUCAGCACUGACAUGCCCGCGCCUAGCAGAAAAACCAGGACCAAAGGGCUCAGAGAUACAGCCGGACGCGUGAAUUGGAAGGAGGACGAGAAACAGGCGCACACCGGGUGUCCGAUUCGGUGGAGGCCGGAUCACAUCUGCUGGGGACGAGCAUCAAGGGCAGUGCGGCACUCCAGCGCCUCAGAAACAGGCGACACGGAUCAUCCACACACCCGUAGUUUCCCAACACCGCUGUGUUCCCGUUACACAUCUCCAUCUGUCUCAAAGAUGUGCUAGAACAACACACGGGGACUCUGGAAUGAAACAAAACAUGUCUUUUUCAUAGCAGACAUGCUUUUUAUUGCUUUCACCCAGAGGAUUUAUCGAGGAUAUAUUGAGUUGGAAAUGAAGACGAGGAACUGUCAGCGUUUCAAGGGUUGCAAAAAGUGCCAAUGAAUAUACUAUUGCUUAAACAUAUCCUCCUUUUUUCGUCAGUGGCCACAUUGACACCCCUAAUAAGCAGGACCAUGGGUUGCAUUCAAAGCAUCGCCUGCAAGCCCCGCAUCCGACGGGAGAACAUAGUGGUCUAUGAGGUCUCAGCCUCCAUUGACCAAUGCCCGACCAUCAUUGAGGAGAAUUCGCCCAUUGUCCUGCGAUACAAGACCCCAUACUUCAGAGCAUCGGCUGGGAUCGUGAUGCCCCCGGUUCCUAGAAACGAAACAUGGACUGUGGGCUGGAUUCAGGCGUGCACCCAAAUGGAGUUCUUCAAUACAUAUGGUGAUAUUGGCAUGUCCAGCUGGGAAUUACCCGAGCUUCGGGAAGGACGGGUAAAGGCCAUAAGCGAUUCUGACGGCGUCAGUUAUCCCUGGUAUGGUAACACUACCGAAACAGUGACCCUCUCAGGCCCCACGUCCAAGCCGUCCCGGCUAACGGUGAGCAUGAAUGACAACUUCUACCCCAGUGUGACUUGGGCGGUGCCAAUCAGCAACAGCAACACGCCCAUGCUCACACACAUCACCCGAGACCAGAGCUUCAUCACCUGGCUGGUGGCGCUAAACGCAGACACCAAAGAGCGCAUUGUUCUUCAGACAGUACGCUGGCGUAUGCGGGUAGACAUUGAGGUGGAUCCUUCCAUGCCGCUUGGUUCUCGUGCCAAACUGAUGGGACGACCGCACCAGGAACAGCCGCACAUUCUCAGUAACAAUGAGCCUAUCCCGCCCAACGCGCUGGGCAGGCCCAAUGCCAACGAUGCCCAGGUGCUGAUGUGGAGGCCUAGGAGGGGACAACCUCUGGUGGUUAUACCACCCAAAUAGAGUUGUCUUAACAGAGCCUAAAGAACACUGAAGACUGCAUGCACUGUUUGGACACUGGAUUUUGGGAAAUCGCAAGCUGCUCUGUGGAUUACCAGUUUGUAGGGUUUCUCAAUUCCGCUGAACUAGAAUGUCGAGAAAGGAAAAGUUUGACUACCUUUCAACUUCAAAGUACUUGGUCGGUUUUCAAAUGACUGGAAGUAACUAGCACUAAAUGAGCAGCCACUUGUUUAAGGAAUAGUUCACCCCAAAAUGUACCAUCCCUCAUGUCGUUACAAACUUUUCUUUCUUCUGCGGAACACAAAAGAAGAUGUUUUGAAAAACGUUCUAGCUGUUUUUGUCCAUAAAAUGAAAGUCAAUGGGGUCCAAAAUGUAGGACCUCUCAAAAUAAGACCUAAAUGUACCAUAAAAUUAAUCAGUACAACUCGACUGAUAUAUUUC